AUGACACUUCAACAUCCUGAUUCCUGCAAAGGUGGUAACACAAUCCCAGUCGAUAAGGAUGGCCGCCCAUAUCACUUCGGCUGCACAGGUGCUGAGAUUUCCAACGAUUUCCUCAUCACAACAGAUUACUAUUUGGCCGAGCAAAUUGCUAAGCUCUUUGAAGAGAAGGAACCAUUCUGCUUCCGUUCAAACCGUGGCUACACAACAUUCACAGGCCAUUACAAGGGCAAGCGCCUCUCCAUCUGCGCUUUCGGAAUUGGUUUCGCCAUGAUCGACUUCCUCGUUCGCGAAGUCCGCACAAUCACACAGGGCAAGCUCACAUUCAUCCAACUUGGUGCUGCUCCUUCUCCAGCAGGCCACGCAAACGGAACAGCUAUCAAUGUUAAGGACUGCGUCGCUUACGAACUUGACUUCAACGAAUUCGGCGGCAACACCGAAACACCAUACCGCUUCUUCAAGAAGCCAGUUCCAGCCAACGAGAAAUUAUUGGCUGCUCUCAACGAAGGUCUCAAGGCUGCUAACAUCCCAACAGUCGAGGGCAGAGUUGCUUCCAACCCAUCCUUCGUUUCUGGUGUCAACUCUCCAGCUCUCCCACAAUUCGACUUCAAGCAAUCAGGAUUACUCGCUAAGGUCGAAGCCGAGCUCGGAAAGAUCGAUUCCCUCGAAAUGGAUACAUACCCACUUUACUGGACAGCUCUCCGUGAAGUUAACCAUCAGAUUGAAGCUGCUUGCGUUACAGUUGUUAACUCCGAUGCUAAGGGCAAUGCAAUGAACAUCGAGGAACUCCGCAAGCGCCAGCUCGAAGUUGCCGCUGUUAUCCUUGAACAACUCGGAAAGCUCCAAUAA